CGGAACUAUAUUUAAUGACCUAAAGUUAACACAUAGUUGCAGCAUAUAUCCACUGUGCGCUUUUACGCAAUCCUCCUGUUGGCCUUCGGCACAGUAUGACAGUGGCAUCAGAGGCGCAGAAUGGAGUUUACCAUGCACUCUCCUCUCAGGCUUGACUGACUACAUGACUUACGAGAUGAGGGCUGUUUUCUGGGGAGUUCUCCUCGCCUGCGUGGACUGGAGUCGGGGCCAGGAGAUUCACACAUUCGAUGGCGACGUCCGCGACUUUGCCAUUGGUGACAGCUCGGUAUACGUCGUUACGGAUGACCGACUCUUCCAGCUGAACCAUGAUUUUACCAAAGUUAUAAAGAGGGAUAAUCCGAACGUAGUUUAUCCUAACCAAGAAGUACCUCCUUCCGACGAAACGUAUCCAUUUAAGGUAAACAUUUUACUGCCAUUCAUCAAAAACAAGACCUUGAUCACAUGUGGAACCACAAAAUGCGGCUACUGUGAAAUACUGGAUCUCAACGAAAUCUCAAAAUCUGUGUAUACGGAGGAUAUUGAAGUGGGUUCAUUGGACCCUGGAGAUUCAACCAUUGGCUUUAUUGUUGAUGUCGGGACGAACUCCUACAUUAUGGCUGGAAGGUUGUCGAGCCGUGUGCGUAAAGAGUGUUCCAAUUCAGGUCAGUUGCUUGACCUACGGAAUACACUAGAUGGGCAGCUUGGGGGAAUCUUUUCGAAUUCAGAUAAGAGCGCGACUCCGUAUAUUGACGCCAGACAAAAGGAGAAGUUUCAGUUUGUGGACGGCUUUCAGAGUAAUUCACACAUCUACGUGUUCUCGAACGUUCCCAAAGAGCGUCAAGUUCGACUUAUUUGGUUCAAGAGCGAGAAUAGUAAAACAAAUACGUUGAUGUCCCUCAAAGGUGCAACACUCAAAUGUUGUGGAAACAUGGAGCGCCGGGAGCUCCUGUCUUCCUCUGUGAUUCAAGGUUCUGGUGGGCUCCAUGGGCAGGUGCUCUGGGCAGGUGUGUUCACGGCUGGUAACACAAGCGACCCCAUCAACACCGUGCUGGCCAUCUAUAACAUCAGCUCUACAGGGCCUCAACUCAAAGACAAAGACAAAUACAAUGACCCAGACUUCUGCUAUCAAGCCUGUGCAGAGGCAUUGCCAAAGGGUACCACCCAGGACCUGCACCCAGAGGCAGUGGUGUUUAGAUACAGCUCCAUGACAUCAGUGUUGGCAGUGAGACACAACUCCUGGCUGGUGUUCUUCAUUGGGACAGGAGACGGACAACUCAUCAAGCUUGCUGUAGACAAGGCCUAUAAAUCUGCCUGUGCUAGAGUGCUCUACAAGUCAGAUGACGACCGCCGUGUGUUUCCCAAGAUGCACCUGGAUCCAGUGGACCACAAACAUGUGUACAUGGCACUGAGGAACCAGAUGAUGCGUGUGCCUGUGGCUCAGUGCAGUGAACACAAGAGUCUGAAGGACUGUUGGUCUGCUCAGGACCCCUUCUGUGGCUGGUGUGAGUCUGAGAACAACAAGUCAAGAUGUUCGUUUCAGGAUGACUGCCUUCAGCCUUCAGCCUGGAUCUCCAUCUCUGAGGACUCCCAACAACAGAACAUGGUCUCUUACCAGGUGGAGAAGAGCAGCAGUGGAGAGAAGAUCACACUCACUGUCAAGGUCCACCUGAAUGUGCAUGGGACAGGAAGUCUCACCUCCGCCUGUAUCUUCCUCACAAGAAAUGAUAAUCUGUGUGACAGGACAAACCCCGCUCCAGCCUUGCCUCGAUGCUCCUGCCUGUUCUCCAGCGACCAGCUUCCUGCUGAAGGUCUGAAUGUCACCGUGGAGAUACAAGUGGGGAAGCAGAACCUUACUGAGAAUCUGAUGCUCACGAACUGUUCAAACAUCUCUGGACCACCUACCUCUGCCCUGUGUUCUCAGUGCAUGACAGCUGGAUGUAGCUGGAGUAAUGAUGUCUGCUCCUGGACAACCAGGUCUGCCAACUCAGACCCCAUACAGGACGUGUGCAGACCCAGCCAGUCAGGAAUGAACUACUCUGAGCCAGUGAUCGUCUCCAUAGUGCCCAGUGUUCUGUCCUUCCAUGGCAGAAACCACGCCCUGAUGACUGGGAAGAACCUCCAUCACGUGACCAGGGUUCGCAUCCAAGGGCACAUGGACUGCAGUCUCAAGGAGUCUCCUGUGUGGAACAACACUGGGUCCAGUCUGACGUUCCACAUCCCCAUUGGCGACAAAGGUUCUGUCAUUGUGUGUGCCGUGCUGCCAGACGGUCGCUGUCUGGGCAAGGCCACUGUCACCUAUGGGUCCUCACCAUCCUGCACUGGGCUAAUACCAAGCACUACCUGGGCUAGUGGGAAGAGGAAGAUCAAGGUCCAAGGGUGCCAGCUGGAGUUUGUGGAGGGGGUUGUUCAUGACCAUGCCCCUCAGACCAUCCAUACCAAAUACAGCUCUGGGACUCUGUGGUACCACACACCUCCCUUUGAACACAUUAACCAGCCAGUCACCUCCACUGUGUCUCUGAGAGUAGCCAAUCAGACACUGGCCUGCUCAUCACAGCUCACCUACCAUCCAGACCCAGAAUUCACCAGCUAUACUGCAAUCAAGACAGGAAACGACCUGCGUGUCACCAUUGAGAAAAGUGCUGACAAGCUGAACAUCGCCACAGAAGAGAUCUUAGUGUUUGGUGUUCAGGAGGAGAACCAGGAUGUAGAGUGUGUCAUGGAAACCAUCGAGAAGAGCAACGGGACUGACUCUGUCAUCUGUGAUAUAAAGAACACUCCCAACUUUAACAUCAAGUCAGUGAGGAUAAGAGUUGGCAACUUCACGAAAAACCUUUUACCAAAACAAGCUGCACCUUCACUGCUACUCAUCCUUGUGCUUAUACCCAUCAUCAUUGUGGUCAUUGUGGGUGCAGUGUGGUAUUCCUACAUUAAACAGAGGAAAAUGGCAGCACAAAUGGACAAGCAGCUGGAACUGCUGGAGUGUGACAUCAGAAAUGACAUCAGACAAGGAUUUGUGGAUAUGCAGACGGAAAAGUGUGAUUUAAUUGAGAACGUUGGAGCCAUCCCUUUCUUGGACUACAAGCACUUUGCUUCCAGGAUCUUCUUCCCUGACGGUGGACCUGUGAUGACCUCCUGUAUCAAAGACAUUGGCCAGGACGCGGUGAAGGGGCAGCCAGACGAGAGCUGCCAGGCCCUGUCCAGACUGAUCCGGGAUCAGGUGUUCCUCACCUCCUUUGUCCACGCUCUGGAGGAGCAGAAGAAUUUCAACGUCAAGGAGAAGUGUGCGGUGGCCUCCCUGCUGACCGUGUCCCUCCACGGUGACCUGCCCUACAUGACCCAGGUGAUGGAGGAACUACUCAGGGCUCUGAUGGAGCAGCCCAGUAACUCCCAGCCCAAACUCAUGCUGCGACGCACCGAGUCCAUCGUAGAGAAGCUGCUCACCAACUGGAUGUCCAUCUGUCUCUACGGCUUCCUCAGGGAGAGUGUGGGCCAGCCUCUUUUCCUGCUGGUUUGUGCUCUGACCCAGCAGAUGUCUAAAGGCCCAGUGGACUCAGUCACAGAAAAGGCUCUCUAUACACUUAAUGAAGACUGGUUACUGUGGCAGGCUCAGGACUUCAGUCCAAUGAGGCUGCAAGUGCUGUUUGCUGUGGGAACAGACGGAGAGGUCAGUGAGCCUCUGGAGGUCAAUGCUCUGGACUGUGACACGGUGGAGCAGGUCAAGGAGAAGAUCCUCCUGGCCUUCAAGACCAAGUUUGGCUUCCCCUACAACACCCCUCUCCGACAGAUACACAUCGAGUAUGAGAAGGAUGGAAGGUUUGUCCCACUGAAGGAGGUGGAUGCCAGCUCAGCGGUUCUAGGAGAAGUGACCAUGCUCAACACACUCAAACAUUACAAGGUACCGGACGGAGCGUCCAUCAAAGUGCUCUCUAAGACCCAUCCCAGUCUGAGUCCUCAGAGCAGCCUGAAAGACAAUCAGAACUACUCCACUAAGUACUUCCAUCUGAUUGACCCUGACAUUGACCAGGACCAAAAGAAGAACCCUGAGCGGAAGAAGCUGAAACUGAAGGAAGUGUACCUCACCAAGCUGCUGUCCACCAAGGUCGCUGUGCAUUCGUUUGUGGAAAACCUGUUCAGAACCAUCUGGGGAACCCCUAACCUCAAAGCCCCACCUGCCAUCAAGUACUUCUUUGACUUCCUGGAUGCCCAGGGAGAGAGCAAGAGGAUCAACGAUCCAGAUGUACUACACAUCUGGAAAACCAACAGCCUGCCCCUGCGGUUCUGGGUGAACAUCCUGAAGAACCCCCAGUUUGUGUUCGACAUGGAGAAGACCCCGCCUCUGGACGGCUGUCUGUCCGUCAUUGCCCAGGCCUUCAUGGACUCCUUCUCCCUGGCUGAGAAACAGUUGGGCAAGCAUGACCCAACCAAUAAACUGCUCUAUGCCAAAGAUAUCUCCCAGUACAAGCAGGAAGUGAGGGCCUACUACAAGCAGGUCAGGGACCAGCCACCAAUCAACAGCUCUGAGUUCAAGGAGUUCCUGCUUGAGGAGUCAAAGAAACAUGAAAACGAAUUCAAUGAAUCUGCUGCCCUCUGUGAGCUCUACAAAUACAUGCAGCGGUACUUUGAUGAGAUUAAACUGAAGCUGAAUCAGAACGGCGCACCCGUGGAAUUGAAGGAGCAACUGCAGCACGUGAAGAACCUGUUUGAUAGCCUCAACGGUUCGUGAAACUGAGCUCACUCCCUCCCCUUCGAAAUGCUGAAGGCCAGAAAGCUGUUCUAAAAACGAAUAUGUCAGGAGACUACAUAGGGAUUUACAAUUAAAGAAUAAAAGAGGGAGGCGUUUCAGAUUACUGGGAUGAACCAAAUGAUCGCAUGAAUUAGGUCACAUUCCAGCUAGACAUUUACCCAGAAGCAGUAUACUCUUAUUCUGAAGCUGGGACUUUUGUUUCCUCAACCGAAAGACAAAAGAUUUUUUUUUACAUUUAUUUAACCUUUAUUUAACCAGGAAGGGCUCAUUGAGAUUAAAAUCUCUUUUUCAAGAGCGCCCUGGCCAAGAUAGGCUGCACCGAGUCAUUACAAAUUAGACAGUAAUUUGUAAAAACCAUUGAAUCUAAGUAAUCCAUUGAAUUCACAAGAGUAUAAAACAGCAAAUUAAAAACAUUGACAGGUCAGGGAAUCAGCCUCAAAAUCCUUCAUCUGUGGAUUUAAAAACACCAAUCGGGAGAAGUUCUUCCAGUUUAAAAGUAUUUUGUAAGGCGUUCCAAGACGGAGCAGAGUACAUAAAAACCCUUUUACCAAAUUCAGUUUGGACAUUUGGAACAGUAAGCAGGAUAAAGUCCAGCGAACAAAGAGAGUACCCACCACAUUUCUGAACAAUAAAAAUGCCCAAAUAAAAUGUUCUUUGUAAAUAAAAGUAUACCAGUGACUGAGCGACUAGAGAAGGCCAGCCAACCAUGGUAUACAAAGUACAGUGGUGUGUAAGAGUUUUGCAGUUUAAAAUAAAUCUCAAAGUGCCAUGGUAAAGGGUGUUAAUUGAUCUCAAACACUGAGCGGAAGCAUUCAUAAAAUAUCCCCACAGUCUAGUAAAGGCAUAAAUGUAACUGAUACUAGCCUCCUCCUGGCUUCAAAAGAAAAACAGGCCUUAUUCCUAAAAUAAAAUCCCAAUUUCAGUUGUUGAAUAUGCAAUUUAAAGAGGCCAUCAAGAUAUGAGGUUACAACCUCAAUCUCCUUGCCCUGACGGGUAGUAAUAGGUGAAAGGUUGAGGUCUAUUUCUUGCAUUAGAAAACGCCAUUAGUUUAGUUGUGCCAGUAUUGAGGAUAAGUUUCAAUUGACAAGGUAUGUUGAACAGAAUAGGAAAGCUUUUGUAAGUGACAAGGCACAACCGUAACAUCAGCAUAACAAUUAGGUUGUGGUGUUAAAUGGUUCUCACAAGUAAAGCUCAGAACAAAUAUGUACACGACCUCAGUAAAGCAUAAACAUUUUUAUAUGAAUUGCAAAUUCAAUCACACAUUACAAAAAAAGUUUUACAAAUGUUGUGAAACCAACCUUUAACAAAAAUGCCUUUGGGACUAUCACACUUAAAGUUUCAGAGUGAUGGCUUUAGUGUAAACACUUGAUACAAAUCUCACAGCAGUCAAAUAAACUCUGAGGAAGUCCCUGGUUGGCCAUUGAUAUCAUUCUUUACAUAGGCAACAGUCAAGGCAUGGAAGGACUCCAGCACCGUUACUCACCAAGGCAUGUAAACAUUGAAUCCAUGUAGUUCUUUCUCUUUUCAUUUGAUAUGUUUUGUGCCAAUAAAAUCAAAAUGUUUUUCACAAAA